GUGAUUUAUGAAUUAAUACAAUUAUCUAACAAAAGAUUAGUUAUUGUGUUAGGUAUUCAAUGUUUGUUAUUUGUCGUGUGUCUCCUAAAGAGGCAAAAUGAAAUUUCUUAUACCCGAUGGCAGUGAGCUCGAAGGUGUCCAGCACUCUAUGGAAAUAAAGUACAUGAAGUAUGUCCGUCUGCUGCUCAUCAUGAUAGGCGCGUGGCCCGGCAAGGCUCUGGGCGAGAAGGAGGUGUACCGUCUCAGGUUCCGCAUGUUCAAUGUGUUUAUCAGCAGCUCCACUAUGAUCACAGGACUCAUCUACAUCAGACACAGCAUUGGGAAACUGUCCUUCUUCGAAAUGGGACAGUCCUACAUUACAGCCAUGAUGAAUUUCAUUUGUCUGACUAGAUUUAUUACAUUACUUGCGUCGAGGAAGUUGGACGAUGUAAUAGUGGAUUUCGUCCACGAUGUACAUUUGUUCAACCACAGAAACAAUUCGGAAUACUCCAGCAAGACGAAUCUGUUUAUCCACAAGUUGUCACACUUCUACACUAUCUACACACUGGGCCUGGUUUCUUUGGUCGCUGCGUUCUUCAACGUGACCCCUCUCAUCAACAACAUAUCCAAUGGUGGCUUCAGUGGCCAUUUGGCAGCAAACGUCUCUUACGAACACGCAGUGUAUUACGCCCUGCCCUUUGACUACCAGCAUGAUUUCACUGGCUUUAUGAUCAUAUUCACAUUCAACUGGUACAUAUCCUUCUCCUGUGGUAUGAUCUUUCUAAACUACGAUUUGAUCGUCGCUCUGGUUGUGUUUCAUCUAUGGGGACAUUUGAAGAUUUUGACUCACUCUCUGCAGUAUUUCCCAAGACCUGGUUUCAUUUUUGGGAAAGCAGCGGAAAAUGAUGACGAAAAUGCUGUAGCAAACACAGAAACGCAUUAUUCCGAUGAGGAGAUGGUGGAAGUUGGCAAGAGAUUGAAGAAUAUCAUCAAUCAUCAUAAAAAUAUUCUGAAGCACAGCGCUAACAUUUCGGAGGCGGUGGGCAUAAACGUGGCCAUGUAUUACAUGUUCCAUCAAAUCAGUGGUUGCCUGCUGCUUCUAGAAUGCUCACAAUUGGAUCCAAAGGCUUUGAUACGCUUCGGCCCCUUGACUAUCUGUCUCAUUCAGCUUUUGACUACUGUGUCCGUCAUUUUUGAGCUGAUCAGUUCUAUGACUGAUCACGUGGUCCGCGCUGCAUACUACACGCCGUGGGAGUGCAUGGACACCAAGAACCGCAAGCUGGUGAUAACGCUGCUGCGGCAGACGCAGAUCCCGCUGGGGCUGAAGGCCAUGGGCAUGGUGGAGGUCGGCGUGCAGACCAUGGCAUCGAUUCUGAAAACCACUCUUUCCUAUUUUAUGAUGCUGCGAACAGUCGCCGACAACGAAUGAAGAAGUUCACAACAUUGAGAUAGUUCAUAGUCAUUUCUUUCUCUUAGUGUGGUCUGAUGUCAACUUUGACAUUGACAUUAACCUGUGCAGAGCAACGCAAAGUACGCCAUUUUGUCUUAGCGGCAGCGGCGCGCGGCGCGCAGUUUAAAAAGUUAACGUUGAAGUUGACUCGUGUAAGUCACUCUUAGUUUUUGUUAUCAAGCACUAAUAUUUUUGUAUCGUAAUCCAUUUCUCAUAUAAAUCACAGAUUAAAAGAUGAGACCCCAUCAUAUUUUUUUUUUAUGAAAACGUUUUUAGCUUUUUCUACGUAUAAUUUCUUUUAGGUACUUGUAUAUCUCAGAGCGUUUUGAACAUUGCGGCCGCGCUGUCAUUACAAUGUUUCAAAUUUUAACAAAGAUAAGAAUUCGUUUUACUAUUUGUCUUUGAAAUAAUUAAUCUGUACUGUAAAGUUUAUGAAUGAUUGAUUUUGGAUAUUAUUCCUUCCUCAAGAAAAUUAACGGGUCGUAGUGACAACGCGGCCUAACGCUUUGAGAACCGAAUUAAACAUUGAACUGUUUUGUUGGUCUUUGGAAUUAUAUAUUUCUCAGCGUACCCGUGCGCCAUGGUUCCAAUUUUCAUACUCUAAUGAUUGUAAUAAACAUACCUAAAGCCUGUUUCGCCCACCACACUAUUUUUUUUUACUCAGACGGUAUUCAUACAAUACCUAUUUGAAUACCGCGAAUAAUAUCUGCCUAGUGCACAUAUAUAACUAGCGGCCCGUCCCGGCUUCGCUCGGGUAAAAACAUAAUAAAUUAUGCACCUAAACCUACAAAUUUUAUACAACUUAACCUAAACAGUAAAUUAAUAUUUCAUUUAUAAACAGAAAAACCGUUUUACAUUUGAGUAAAAAUAAUUUUAAAUUUUUACGAAUAUGGUGGAGAGUAGCAAGUAUAAAAAUUAGCAUUCCCGAGGAGGGUUGACGUCAGGCACGCCGCCGGUUUUGACAUCACAGUCGAAUUUUCAAUAUUAAAAAAUAUUUUCUACUUUGAUUCCGGGCUUCGCGGCGUCACAACCCCGAAAGAAACCGGGAACUAGCAGAGAUGAGAGAGAUAAGCUAAGUAGGUAUUUGAUCCUGAAUUACUUUUAUCUAAAUAAUAUUAUUCAGUACUGCAAAGUCUUUGUAUGUGAACGGCUGUAGCGGUCCAUUGCUGGAUAUUACAUGAAAACAAACUAUGCGUUCUAAUUUCAAUUGUUAGUUGUAGUUCUGUUUACGUAAUCUCUUUUGUGCACUCCGAAAAGCUCAAAUAUUGUUUGAAUAUUUUAUGUUCGCGAUUUACUCGUAUGAUAAAGCCUUUGAAACAUUCAGGUAUUUUAUGAAACUGGAUAUUUUAACAAACUCCUGUAACAAGUUCAUAAAUUUCGAGCUUUAUAUAAAUUAUUUUCACUAUACCUACACGGUCCUUAUGUCAUUAUACCAUCGCUCAUUAUAUAUAAUGCGUAUUAUUCAGAGAGAGACCGUCCAAUUAGGAUAAUUGGAAUUGCAGAUCAACCGAACAACACAACCAACGCGUUGUUACACCUACGCGAAAUUAGUGUGUACCUCCGCAGAUUACAAUAAAAUACAUGUGGCAAGCACAACAUAUUUAAGUAUUUAGAGGUGGGCUAAGCGGCUUAAAAAUAACAAACAUUAUCGUUAAAUUAUUUUUUUAAAUUAGCUUUUUUUAAACUUCUUAUUAUCUGCUAAUUAAAAAAAAAAUAAGCUAUUAAUUAUUAUUUAUUUCGUUGAAAACAAGUUGUUAAAUUAAAAAUUAAUCUUGGUUGUUAAUAAUAGUUUUAAACAUACUAAUGCAAUUUUCGUUGAAAAUUGUUGCUAACAUAUUUGUAGCAGAAUUUAAUUUGCUGAUAGUUUGACUUGUUAUUUUUACGACAUUUUGAAUUUGAACGAUGUCAAUGAACUAAAAUUUCUAAUCGAAUUGAAAUUGCCCGAGUGUUAAAAUUGUAAGCGUAAGCAGUAAAUAAUAGUUGGUUAAAUUAAUUAACCUAUUUAUGUGAUGGGCAUCACUAUCUCGUUCAAGAACUAGCUUAGACUCCGCUACUUCAUGUCUUCUUAUAUUCCUCGUGGCUGAGGGUCGAGAUCACCAUGCGACAAGAGCACACACAACUUUCUGAGCUUUAUUAAUGGCGCCGUUUACAAUUCCUGUCUCCGUUUCACAUACUAACUGAAAACAUAUAAUAAAUAAAUAAUAAUAA